CAAACCCUAUUCAUUUCAUUCGGCCGCUCUUGCAUUCUUCAAACCCUAAUCUUCUUCAUCUUCAACCCCCCAAAAGCACAAACCUGGUGAAAACCAAACCCCGCAAGACCAAAAUUCAAACACUCAUCUUCCUUCGUUCACCUUCUCACUCUCUCUCUCUCUCGCGCAAAGAGGGAAGAGGACUCAAACCGUAUACACAAAUCUCAGAACGAGUUAACCAGAUGAAGAUGGGGUGAGGAAGAUGAAGAUGACAUUACUUUGCAGAUCUGAGUCUUUUACAUUCAAAUCUUAUGGGUUUGCGUUCAGAUCUGACUGCUUCUACAGUUUCACGUUUCAUCUGACUGCUUCUACAGUCUGCUUUGUGGUAGCAGAAGUGUGUUCCGUAAUGCAUCAUUCUUCACAUCAUUUUCCUUUUGACCCCUCGAAAAUAACACCAAUGAAUUAUUCGAAAGCCGUUGGAAACGGGGCAAAGGACAUGUUAACAAGAUCUGAUAAUUACAAUGACGCUUCAAGUGACGCAUCCCUUUUCUCAAGUUCAUUACCAGUUUUUCCCCAUGAGAAGUUGAUAUCGAAUAAUCAAGAGAACGAUCUUCAAUCUCUAGAAGACAAUGGUUUUCUAGAAGAUCUUGCAAAUCACGCAAUCGGAAACUUGUUACCUGAUGAAGACGAUCUUUUAGCUGGUGUAAUUGACGGUAUUGAUGUCAACGCUUUAACUAACCGUGCAGACGAGUUAGAAGAGUAUGAUCUUUUCGGAAGUGGAGGUGGUAUGGAACUUGAAUCUGACAUGGAUAACUUGAAUUUGGGCAUUUCAAAGGUGAGCCUGGGCGAUGGCGUCGUUGGUAAUGGGUUGGCCCAUUUUAGUCUUACAAAUGGCGUGGGGACCGUUGCUGGAGAACACCCGUAUGGAGAACAUCCGUCAAGAACUUUAUUUGUGCGUAAUAUUAAUAGCAAUGUCGAGGAUUCAGAACCCAGAGCUUUGUUUGAGCAACAUGGUGACAUUAGAACAUUAUACACAGCAUGUAAACAUAGAGGUUUUGUGAUGAUAUCGUACUACGAUAUUCGUGCUGCUCGAACUGCCAUGCGUGUGUUACAGAAUAAGCCACUAAGAAGAAGGAAGCUGGACAUUCACUACUCAAUUCCAAAGGUUGGAUUUGAUUCUCUUUUCUUCGGCCGGAUUGAUUACCAAGAUAAAGCUAAGCAAAAAGGGGAUAAAAAUCUCGAAGUUAUUUGGCGGGCCUCCAAGCGUCUUGGUUCAUCUUCACAGAUUUUUGCAAGUGCUUUUCCACAAGAAUAUGCACCUCCACCUGGUGAUUUCGACUUUGAAGUCAACAAUGAUUCCUCAAUCUCUAUUGGCGUUGAUCUUAACGGGGUCCGCAAGGAUCAUAAAGCUAUCAAGGCAAAACUUAAGACACUCGAGACUGAAAAGGAGGCCAUAAACAAUGUGAUUGCUUCUUUAGAGGAGGAAUUGUGUGUAGUGAUCGAGAAAAAGGACAAGGCCUAUCACAAAAUUAGUGAGCUGAGGAAUAAACGUGAAGAAGAGAAUACUUGCUUUUACCAAAACCGCUCCCUCUUGAACGAUGCAAGAAGGCUGGCUGCAAGUAAGGACGUUAAUGCCCUUAUAGAGCUUUCAACCUCAGAGGUCGACGAAUUCAUGUCGGAGUGGAAUAGUAAUAAAGCGUUCAGGGAAGUUUUUAGCAUGUGCCGCACCGGGAACACCUUUAUAUAA